AUGGUGACGGGAGUGUAUUGCAAUCUUACUUUCGACAGGUUUGACUGUUGGAACUAUACCUUGGCGGGAGAGGUCGCUGUUCAGCCUUGUCCUUGGUGGAUUCCAUCAUCCGAUUCUGAGCGAAAUGCGACCAAAAUCUGCAUGCCAAACGGCGAAUGGUUUGUAAGCCCUUUCACCAACCAGACUUGGACCAACUAUUCGGCUUGCCAUCACCCUGUCAAAGAAACCAAUGUGAUGCUUGUUUUCUACGUUGGAUACACCACUUCAAUCAUAGCGCUAUCGAUUGCUCUAUUCAUCUUCUUCCACUUCAAAUCUCUGAGCUGCCCACGAGUGACGAUCCACAAGAAUCUCUUCUUUUCCUUCAUUUUUGACGCUCUUUUUCAAAUCACUUUCUUCGCCCUGGUCGCCAGCAACAAGGAAGUUAUUCAGAAUGACGGGGCAUAUUGUAAGGUUCAUAACGUCUUAAAGCAGUAUUUCCAGCUUUGUAAUUAUUUUUGGAUGCUGAGUGAGGGUCUUUACCUCCACACUGUGAUUGUAGUGGCUGUUUUCUCUGCAGAAAAUCACCAACUUGUCCCGUACUUUAUCAUUGGAUGGGCAGUUCCUAUUGUCCCAGCGAGUCUGUAUGCCGGAUUUGUAGCACAGUAUCCUCCCGGGCCGUGCUGGGUUGGGGGCACAGUCUUCGAUUGGCUGAUAGCAGGAUUCGUCAUUUUUGUACUUGCGGUAAAUCUAAUUCUAUUAUUAAACAUUGUGAGAGUUUUAGUUACCAAACUACGAGCAACGCCGAUGGCUGGAUCAAAGAAUUAUACACGAGCUGUUAGAGCAACCCUCAUUUUAUUACCCCUCCUUGGUCUUCAUUAUAUCAUCCUACCCGCUGCUCCUCCCCCCGGGCUUGCCGCAGAUAUCUACUCCUACGUCAUGGCUCUCAUUCUCUCGUUCCAAGGUCUGUUCGUGGCUUGCAUUUUCUGCUUCUUCAACGGCGAGGUCAAAAUGCAAGUAAGGCGAAAGUGGUUUGCUCACCAUUGGUGGCGGAGAGACAGUGAUUUUAGAGGGCGAUACACAAACACCACGACAGUCACCGAAGCCUGUACUGUCACCGCACCCGUUAACAACCGGGUAAGCAGUGGCGACCAGGGCUGUCCUCUCCUAAAGAAAUCCCCAAAUUUUAUCGGCAACGGUGCAAUGCCCGGCGGAAGCCAACGGAGCAGUUGCAGCAGCGGCGGCAGCCUGGCGGUCAAGUACCGGCCCGGAAGUGGCGCAAGUACAGUUUCAAAGACACCCGAGAUCGAGGAAAUUCCGGAAGUGAAAGUGGAAAAUUAUUCGUACAAAAUAAAUGGUGAUAUUGGAGACAAUGCUGCGAUGGAGGACGAUUUAGUCGAUGUUGUGUCCCCCCUGAUGGAAAGUGCUGAAUUAAAUACGAGAACGACUGAAGUAUAGACAUGCUGGACGAAAGACAGAUGGGAAAUUUUGGAUAAUCAAAUGCAUGAUGUUGUGACAUUCUUUUAUCUGCCUCUAGUCACGUGAAACUAUCGGAGCUGGCGAACAACUUUUGAACCGUGAUUAUCGAGAAAAGCCUUCAUACAUAUACAUAGUAUAUAUAUACAGCGCGUCCCAAAAAAUGUCCCUCUGAUACGCGGCUGAAUUACUUCAAAAAUUAAAAAUUAUUCUCAAUGAAAUGUAUGAAACUAGUAAGCUCAUAUCAUGUUCUAACUUCUAUAAAAAUUUCAUUGGUCUCGCUUCAGUGGUUUUUAAUACACAGUCUAUUAUGUAACAUUGGUGCUUUUCAGCCCAUUCCAAGUUUGCAUGCAUGCAACACUGCUGUGUGUUCUGCACUUUCUAGCAUAUCAACCCCCUUUGAACAUUCUUACCAAGAAUUUCCCUGACCUGACCAGGAAAAUCCAUAUGACCUACCCAGGCUCAUCAAAUCACAACCUUGAGCAUGUUCAGAAGGGCAAAAACAAUAUUUGACAGUUCAUUUCAUGUUUGAUAACAGGAGAUGCACAAUGAUUAGGACAACUGGUUAUGUCUGUUUAAUGCCUAAUUCAUGCCUAAUAUUCUGCAUUAUUGUUUUCAUUACUUUUUUUCAAGUUAAUAAGCUACUGUGGUUAAUUUAAUUCAGUGUAACUUUUU